ACAUACAUCUAUUUGAGUAAUUUGUUAGCUGUAUAAUAUGACAGAAACAUUAGAAACAUGUAUUGAUGCAUCUUCUCCCCCAUUCAUUCUCUCCCUCUCCUGGUUCUCCGUAGCUCUCUCCCUCUCUCAAAGAGGCAUACAAAGCCAGAAAACAUAUUCUCCCAACGGCAUUUUACAAGAGACGUCUUGAUACGACCAAAAUUGACUCAGAAGUUUAUAUAAAAAACGAUUAAAGAUCGAAUCAAAACGCCAUGGCCAUGGCUAAAAUGCUAUGUUUCAUUGUCAUUCCAUCAUUGUGUCUCCUAAAUGUCGAAUUCUCGCGUGCACAGGAGGACUCUCCAUCACAUGCUGCUACCUCACCGGAACGUGAGGCACCAGCGCAUUCUCCUCUUCCACCACCGUCUUCUUCUUCACCAGAAUCACAUUCCUCUCCCUCACCAUCUCCAUCACGGUCACCGUCACCAUCACCAUCACCAUCACCAUCACCAGAAGCGGUUCCCCUUCCGCCACCAGCUUCAUCACCAGAUUCUCCACCACCAUCUCCUCAGCAGGAACCUCCUUCCCCAUCUCCAUCAUCUCCUGAACCAGCACCUGCUCCUGCUCCAUCAGACGAUGAUGCCGAUGAUGAUUCAGAGGAGGAGACAGAGAAUUUCCCUUCUCCGACCCCAUCUCCUGCGCCCGCGGAAGAGGGUGAACCAGAAGACAUCAAAGCAAGCGAGGAUGGUGAAUUCGAGCAAGAGGAAGGCGAAGAUAGAGGGAUGAGUGGAUGGAAGAAAGCAGGGAUCGUCAUUGGAGCGUUACUUGGAGUUGGAGCCAUUGCAAUCGGAGCUCUUAUUUACAAGAAACGACAAGAUAACUUAGCCAGGGCUCGUUACACUUACUUUAACCAAUCAGAGUUUCUUUAAAAAGCCUCCUCUCUUGUCUUUUUGAAAAAAGAACAUAUACUAAAAAAUCCUUACAUUGUGUUUUGUUUUAAUGUAAAAAAACCACA